AUGAGCUUUGACUUUGAUCCCACCAACCCGCAGCAGCAGUUGGACCCCAAUCCGGACAUCAAUGAUAGUGGCUUGCAGUGGUGGACCAAUGAAGCUCGAGAGAACGCUGAGCGGGCAGUGAUCGCUUCGCGGCAAGCUGAUAUGGCUUUACAUGUGGCCAAAACUGCUUCCAAUAUGGCCAUAGCAGCAGCUGGGCACCUCAUUCGAGACAAUGUGCUGGCAAACACCAAAAUGUCUGCACGAACGUAUGGCAAGCUGCUGAAGGAGCCGGACGACAUCCAUUGGGAUGGCGUGUUGGGUGGAAGAGAUUUAGCCAAGACUCCUACGCUCGAGGAGGAUGCGUCGCUUCCAGAGAACCACGUCGAGACGUCGAAUCCGGCGGAGACGGCGCCGAAUCCACAGGACGAGACACUCAUGGCCAAGUUGCCUGAGGUCGCGGCUGCUGUCGCCGUGCUGAAAGAUCUCCCGUGGCGGUCGCCACGGUGCCGACGCCUGGCGCUGUCGGGCCGGCAGGCACAUGCGCAGUUCCUGUAG